AUUAAAUCCCAUAAAAAAAGUAUCUAACCUCAAAUAAAGGCAAGGCAUCAUCGAAAUAAAUAAAUAAAUUUUGCAUUUAUACUCAUAAUAUUCCGAUAUUAAAUUACUAUACAUUUUUAAAUAUGGAUGGAUUUGAAGUAAGAAAUUAUAAUACCAAAAAGGGCAAAGGAUUAUUUGCUACAAAACAGUAUAAUCAAGGAGAUGUAAUUCUUGAAGAGGAUCCCUUGGUUUCUUGUCAAUUCGCUUGGAAUGCGGCGUAUAGAUAUCUUGCUUGUGAUAAUUGUAUGAGGCCGCUAGAAACUCCGGAACAGAAUGUGAGGCGUUUAUCAUGCAAACCAGAUAUAGUUUUACCACAUUCCGACUGUUACGAGACAAAUUUAGAGAACUUGACAGGUUGCAGCCAAUGUGAAAUAUUGUAUUGUUCGGAUGCUUGUAGACAACGAGCUUAUGACACCUACCAUAGAAUUUUGUGUCAUGAUACAGCAGAUGCUCAGCAUCCUAUUAUGAUUCUCCUAGAAGCUUGGAAACAGAUGCACUACCCUCCUGAAACAACAAACAUAAUGCUGCUUGUAAGAAUACUGGCAUUUAUACAGCAGAGCUCAGAUCCCCAAGCAGCAGCAUUGAAAUUCAAACAGUUCUGCCAUAGAACAGUCAAUGAAGAUGCAGAAUUAGUACACAAGCUACUCGGAGAACAGUUCACUAGUCAAUUGGAAACAUUGCGAGAACUUACCAGUAAUGUUAUUAAUGGUGAAUACAUUCAGGAGUUCCUCUCUCCAGAAGGUUUUUGCUCUCUAAUGGCGCUGAUAGGUACAAAUGGCCAAGGUAUAGGUACAAGUCCUCUAUCAAUGUGGGUAAAUGCCGUACUAGAGCUCACCAUGUCAGAUGAUGAAAGGCAGCAGUUGGAUUUGUUUAUAGACAAACUUUAUGAGUAUGUUCAGGAUGAAUCCGGAACUUUCCUAAACACGGAAGGAUCAGGUCUAUAUCAGUUACAAAGUGCUUGCAAUCACAGUUGUGCUCCAAAUGCUGAGUCCUCAUUUCCAUAUGGCAACCAUAGAAUUCAAUUAAAAGCUGUAAAGCCAAUAAUGCCCGGGGAAGAGAUAUGUAUAAGUUAUUUAGAUGAAUGUGCUCUGAGAAGAUCGCGUCAUUCUAGGCAAAAGGAACUAGCCCAAAAUUAUCUGUUCGUAUGCUGGUGUGAUCGUUGCACAACUGAAGCAUCUCAGCCAGACUGCACCAGCGAAGAAGAUAUGAGCGAAGACGAAAUAGAUGCGGAUGACUGAUGUUCUAAUUUGCUCGCCUUUUGUUUGUUAGGCAUUUGAGCAAUAAACUCUGGUCAUUGGCCAUGAAAAAGUGAACAGACAAUAUAGUUAAUUAGUUGUGUGAACUUCUCUGUAGUACCAAUUGUAAAGUGAAAUAUUUAGUGUUUUAUAGUUGCUAAUGUUUAUUAUAAUUUAGUGAAAACAUUAUAGGGCUUUAUUAUUAUAAUUACGAAGUUUGGUUUAUAAAGCCACAUCUGAGCCGUCCACAAUCUAUACAAGAAAACCCACAUUUCAAGUAUAUAAGCGUAACAUCAUAUUAGUUUGUUUUAUUUUUCGUUAAAAUAUUUAAGGGUCCGGUCCCAGGAAGUUGCUAUAGAGAGCCCUUCCUUUCCAUCAGCCGGCAUAUUGAGAAUUUAAUAAAACUCAAUGUAAUGAAUGAACAAAUCAAUGUUUUUCAAAAUAUGGUAUUUAUUUGAUUGGAAGACCUCAGCACCUAGCAAUAAAGUGAUUUAAAUACUUUUUCUAUAUUAAAAAUUGCCAAAAAACUAGCUAAGGAUAACAACGGUCAAUCAAAUAAUAAAAUAUAGCAUGAUGUAUUUAAAUGGAUCAUGGAACCUGAAUUAGGGGAUCUAUUGGAUUUAGAAAUAUAAGAAUAGUGCUACAAGUGAAUACCAUUAAUAUUAUGAAUGAAAAGGUAAAUAAAUUAUUAAUAAGAGGUCAUUGAACACCCCCUUUUCUUUAUCUCUUUCUCUUUCUGUUACAUAUGCGUGUGUGCAUGCAUGCUAGUGUCGAGAUUUGAGUGUGUCGAAACUGCCUAAUUUAUACUCCAAAUUUUUAAAUAGUACUUUUUUUAUACAACGCUUAAUUGCUUAUUUUUAUAAACAAAUAAGUAAUUAUAUUAAGCAAUUCAUUGUAAAUAAUUAGAUAUUUAUGAGUAAUUAAUAUAUUAACUAAACAUGUUAUUGAAACUGAAUAAGGAUACCUUUAUUACUAAACUCCAUUCCUGUUGGGGGUUCCCCGACUAUAGAUGGUUUUCUUUGUCUACGACUUUUUAUGCGCGGUUAUCGAGAGCUAUGUUCAGACUGGUCACGUUCUUCGGUGCGCAGUGAAUGUAUGUGUUCUUAAAAUGAUUUUAAACUUUAAUCUAAAGAUGUCAAACGCUUUAUUUUCAAAUAAAUAAUUUAAAAAAAUAACGAAUCCCUUUACAGUCGUUUGUAAGAACUAUAGUAUAUUCUUGAAUGUAGAUUUUAUGUGUGCCAAGAUGACGAACGAUAUAGAUACUUAUGUCUUUUAUUAAUGGUACAAUUUCCGUAUAGUAAAAUUACAACUGUAAAAUUAGUUAUGAAGUACACCUGUUGGUCUUAUAUGUAGAUAAAAUGUUUUGGUUAUUCCUUUUUUUACUUAUUAUUCUAGAUAUCUGUAGAUGUAGAGUUAUUAUUCUAUAAGAAACUGAUGAUACAAAUAUAAAUCGAAUUCUAUUAAAUUGGCCUAAACUGUAUAACUUAUAUAUAAUUAUAUUGAUUAAUCAUGUUAAUGCGUAGUAAUUCAGUAGACACGUAUAUAUAUUUCAGUGUUGUUAGUAAAUGAAAUAAAAUUUCAUUUCAUUACGAAAUGCGACAAAUAAGUCAAUUUGUAUAUGAAAAAUGAUAUGAAUAUUUAUUGUAGUAUAUUUAGUAUGUAUACGUUAUGUGUAAAAGUGCAUGAUUCGUAAUUAUAGAUAAAUUUAUGAUCUUGUAUUUCAAAUCGGCAAUUGGUUUUUAUUUAAAUAGGUGCACAGCGAAAUCUCAAAGAAAGUACCGUUCUUCGGGAAUUACUCCACUUCAAGUCUACUAAAAGUCAGCUGAGUCAAUUAAGAUGGCGCCAUGGUAGCAAGUGGAAAGAUGUUAAAAACAGCGCCAAAAACUGCCAAACUUCACUUCAAUCCAACUUCCCUUUGUUUAAAACUGCUACAUUCAUAUCAUUCCUACACUAGCGCUAUUUCGGAGAGUCUUCCAAUAAUAACUUGCUGUGUACGGUCAGCAUAUAAAGGAAGAAAAAAAAAACUAUUUUUGUUUUUUACAAUAUAGCACAUUCAAAACACGCCAGUUAAGUAAGUGCCACUCACCUCUAUCUACUCCCACGGCCUGGUGUAAUUUAGGUACUUCGCAGGAUAUGUUUGUUUAGCACGUCAUCACACCUUUCUUGCUUAAAAUAGAAGCGAAAUAUUUUCUCGUUCUCAACAAUUGAUCGUUCUUUUGGAACGAAGUUCCAUGGGACUUACCUUAUGCGGAGGGGUACCCUAACCGGGAAAAACGUCCGUAACGUAAGAUUUUUAUUAGUAAUGUACACAGAGUACGACUUAACUUUGUAAUAACGUACAAAAAAUAACAUACUUUUUUUUAUUAUUCAUUGACCAUGAUCUCAGAACGUUCGUUUGCGCAAUACACUAACUCUUAUGCAAACAACCGUGAAUGAAGUGUACCACAAUAAGUUCGCGCGUUACCGAAUGACCGUGGGUUGUUGCGAAACCUCCAGUUUUAAUUUCUUUAUACCUCGAAUAGAACUUAAAGUUAAUAUUUUUAUAAUAAGAAGCUUCGUUCCUAUCCAGUGUCCCACGACACCACACAUCUUUCUUUUAUUAACGACGUCACCAUGGCGACACCGAAAAUUUUAAUUUUGUUGUACGAGGUCCGAUACAAUUUGAGGGUGCCACUUGACGGACUUAAAGUCGUCUGCAUCUGGCGCAAAUUUUUGAAAUGUGCAAAUAAAAAGAUUAUCGGGACGAUACAUGCUGUUUACAAUUGGACACUUUUUCAACAUGUCCCCUAUACAAUAUGGUGCUCCUUACCUUUACCCUCCAUACUUUACAGCGAGAAAAAGUGCGAUACUUUUUUCUUAAAUCGAAAUCGCGUUAUGAAAUCGCACACAUAACGCGUUUUCAAAUAAUACGUAUGGUUUUAAGUUUUGUACACUUUUUAAGUCAUUUUACUUUCGUUUCUUCCUAAACGUAAUUAAAAUAAUAAUUAAUUUCACACUUAAAUCUCGCAUUUGUUAUUUUGAAGAUUUUUUUCUACGUUCUAUUUGUCAUAUUCAGAUACAUUUGCUACGAUUUUUUAACUCUUAAGUACAACGAUAUAUUCUAAUAAGUCAAAGAUAUCAUUGUCGGAAAAUGUGUUUUAAAAGUAGAUAUUAAAUUAUUCCAAUGUUGAUAUAUACUAGUGUAUUGUGCCAAAUAUAUAAGAACAACGAAAAUAUUUAUUGUGGUAGAAAAUUUAGAUAUUGUUGUAAAAUAGAGUUUACUUUUGUUUGUCAAAGGCUUCUCUGUAUUCGAUCUCUUUGAAUGGAGAAUAUUCAAUUACGCUCUGAAAAAGGAAUCGAAAUUCCUACCUCUGAAAAAUAUUUGUUUCUCUAAACUAAGUUAACGAAUUUUUUGUAAUAUUGUGUAUGCUUGUUACGUAUUGAAGUUUAUGAUAAUAAAUAUUUUUUUGUUUAAUUUAAAA